UUAAUAAUGCCUCGCUCUCGUCAAAGCCUCUCUAGCAGAGAGAGGCAUUAGCCAUAACAGUAUCCUGGUCAGGGCUAUCUGAGUUGACUCAGCGGAAUCGGCUCUGAAGAUACCAAAGCUUUUCUCUUCUUCGAAUUUAGAUUCUUAUCAGAUUUGAAUUGGUUGGGCAGCAGAGAUGUCAUACUCAAGGGAAGGAAGAUCUGCUUCCCCGCGCACCUCAAUUUUGCCGAGUAAAGGCCGUCGGUCAAGGUCAUUGUCAAGGUCUCGUCGUAGCCGGUCCAGGAGUCGUGAUUCUGUUGAAGCAGCAAAUCCUGGAAAUAACUUGUACGUAACUGGGUUAUCUACUAGGGUUACAACCAGUGACCUUGAGAAGUACUUUGGCAAAGAAGGGAAGGUUUUGGAGUGCCAUCUGGUGACAGACCCUCGCACCAGAGAAUCUCGUGGAUUUGCUUUUGUUACAAUGGAAACAGUUGAGGAUGCUGAACGCUGUAUAAAGUAUUUGAAUCGUUCAGUGCUUGAAGGACGACUAAUCACUGUGGAAAAGGCGAAAAGGAGUCGUGGCAGGACACCAACUCCUGGCAGGUAUCAAGGUCUGAGAGAGAAACGAGGACGUGGCCGCAGACGUUCCCAUAGCUACUCACCACGCAGGUGGGAUGAUAGAGACAGAGACUAUCAUGCAAGGGACCGGCGUGUAAGAUCACGUUCUCCGUACAGUAGGAGGGGGGAUGAUUAUGAUUCAUAUAGAAAGCACAGGGAUCGCUCACUAUCAGCUGAGCGCGGGUACCGUAGAUAGAGCAAGAAUUGGAGUACUCAUCUCCUUUUCCCUCUUGCCCAUCAAACUUGAUGUGGAUUCCUUGUGGAAUCAUGUUGACAAUGUCAUAUCAUCUGUUGUUCCCUGGUUUGUAUCUUAUCUUCAUAUACCCUCUUAUUUAACAGGUAAUUUAUAUUGUAGGGUUUAAUCUGAUAAUAUCUUCUGCCAUGCUAUUGGUGAGGCCUUUGCACUGGCGGAACCACUGUCGUCUUUGCUAAUUUUGAUGACAACUAUUGUUGAACUGUGUUAGACUAUAUAUAUACGUACAUAUAUAUGAUAUAUAAAGUACAGUAUUUGAUUGGAAA